CCGCCAUAACCUCUCUAUAUAAGGAUUGGCACUUAUCAUCUCAAAGUCAUCAUAAGUAGUUUUCUUUAGCUAGACAUGGAUUCUGCUGCUACUGCAUUGUGGAAUUCUUCCCUCCACCAGUUGAGCAAUGUGCCCUCAACCUUUGUUACUACCUUUCUGCGCUUCUCCACAACCCUUGUUGCCAUGGCUUUCGCUCUGUAUUACCUCUACAAGUUCCUAUUCGUAGGCAACAAGAGAGAAUUGCAACCCCGUCUCCCUCCGCUCCUUCUAAAACCUUGGCCUGUUGUGGGAAACCUGCCUGAAAUGAUCCAAAACAGGCCCACGUUCAGGUGGAUACACGAGCUGAUGAAAGAUGUUAACUCUGGCAUCGCGUGUAUCCGCUUUGGGGACGUGCAUGUCAUUCCCGUCACUUGUCCCGAAAUCGGCCGCCAAUUCCUGAAAAUCCAGGACGCUGUUUUCGCCUCGAGGCCAAGUAUCAUGUCCGCCGAAUUCACCACCAAAGGCUACUUAACAACAGCGCUGGUGCCCAUGGGAGAUCAGUGGAAGAAGAUGAGGAAAGUGAUGGUCCAUGAACUGCUUUCCACAAACCGACAUCGGUGGCUCCAAGGAAAAAGAGAUGAAGAAGCUGAUAACCUUGUGCGUUACGUGUAUAACCUGUGCAUGUCUGCAGGCGGGCUGGUAAACGUGAGGGUGGCUUCACAACAGUAUUGCGGGAAUGUGCCUAGAAAGCUGCUGUUCAGCAGGAGGUACUUUGGGGAGGGUAAGGAGGAUGGAGGACCUGGAUUUGAAGAAGAAGAGCAUGUAAGUGCCGUUUUCACUAUUCUUGCCUAUCUUUAUUCGUUUUGCGUCUCUGAUUAUAUUCCAAGGUUGAGAGGGCUUGAUCUGGAUGGUCAUGAGAAAGUUAUGAAGGAAGCUCUAGGGGUUGUUGGAAAAUACCAUGAUCCUAUAAUCGAUGAGAGGAUUCAACAGUGGCGAAAUGGUGAGAAAGACGGCAAUGACGACUUGCUUGAUGUCUUGAUUUCUUUGGAAGAUGCCAAGGGUAACCCCUUACUCACAGCGGAUGAGAUCAAGGCUCAAAUUACUGAAUUCAUGAUUGCGACGGUCGAUAAUCCGUCGAACGCAGUGGAAUGGGCACUAGCUGAGAUGCUGAACCAGUCGGAGAUACUUGAGAAAGCGACGGAGGAAAUAGAUAGGGUUGUUGGAAGGGAGAGACUAGUGGAAGAAAAUGAUUUCCACAAACUCAACUAUGUCAAGGCAUGCGCCAGAGAAGCCUUUAGGCUCCAUCCAAUUGCACCCUUCAAUGUUCCUCACGUGUCCCUUGAGGAUGCAACCGUUGCUGACUACUUCAUCCCCAAAGGGAGUCAUGUGCUUCUAAGUCGCACCGCUCUGGGUCGGAACCCUAAGGUUUGGGAAGAGCCAUUCAAGUUCAAGCCGGAGCGGCACCUCAAGGAGGAUGAUGGGAUUUCACUGAUGCUGACUGAGGCAGACCUGCGCUUCAUCUCCUUCAGCACUGGCGUUCGUGGGUGCAAGGGCGUCUUGCUCGGGACUACCAUGACCGUCAUGGUGUUUGCAAGGCUGCUUCAGUGUUUCAGUUGGAGCAUCCCGCCAAUUAAUGGGCGAACCAUCGAUCUGAGCGAGGCCAAGGAUAAUCUGUUUCUUGCGAAUCCGCUGGUUGCAGUUGCAAAGCCCAGGCUUCCCGCUAAUGUGUAUCCCGUCAAGUUCACUUUGUCCCCUGUGUCAAAGCUCGCUUAG